GUAUGUUGAACAAGAGGCUUGAAUACGACUCCCCCGUUGCAUGUACAACUAUGUCAUACCAAGUUUGCCGUCAUAUCAGGGCGCUUGUUACUCAACCUACUAUGAAUAGACUCAACAAUGAUCAGUCUAGCAUUCUUGCGACUCGGAUUUUGGCGCUGCCGAGGUCGGAAUCCGCCCUCUGCCGCGCCUAGACCCUGCAGGGAAGGCGCUCCUGGUGGUAGUAAUGCGGUAGAGCAUAGAUUCGGCACGCAGCAACACGUCGUUGCAUCUAGCCGACAGCCAAAUUUAGCCGUUGUGACAAGCGAGAUACAUACAUACAUGUUUCGAAUUUGGGACCUCGGACAAGUAGUAUGCUUGCGCACCAAGUCCUCGACUAAUACUCAUUAGUACGAAUCACUUGGCAUUCUCUUACCAUUCCGAGUCUAGGACAGAUAGCUGUCACAGGCAUAUCACGUACAGCAUGCACUUG